ACACUCCUCUCACAACCUCACUCAUCUUGGAUCCCCAUAUCAUCGCCGAUGUAGCCUGUGGGGCAAGCGAGUUGAUCAAUAGACCAUGAUUCAGAAGACCCAUUGUCGAUAGAAUGAAUAAAGUAGAUAAUUAUGGAGUACACAGCAAAAUCGUCAUCAUCAACUGUCUGAUCCGUCUGUGAUUGUUGUACAUAUUCCUCUAUGUAUCCAUGUAAGAGAGAAAGAGAUGAACGAUAUGGUCAAGAGUGGGUUGGUACCGAGACAAUUGUCAAAGGGGGUACCGAUGCUCAAGAUUUCGAGCAAAAAGUUGAAACAAGUCGUCAUAAGGAUAGAAGAUGAUGAGAUUAAAUGGGCGGGAAAGGGGAGUAACAUCGCUGUCAACUCCAUCCGCGAACUACGCCUGGGACAACCACCCACAGAAGCCUACAAUGGCAAACGUUGGAUCACCGUAGUUUACGUUCGGUCUGGACAAUGGAAAGUUCUUCAUAUGAUCGCUCUCACCGACGACGUCUAUGAUCUUUGGGUGAACACUUUGCAAACACUUGUCUCGCAAACAUCCGACAGAUUGGUCGCGCAAGUCACACCCACUGAUCCCGACUUGCUCUGGAUUCGCCAGCUUUGGCCAGCCGGAGCCAAGACGAUAGAUCUCGAGAGUGCCUUGGGAUUGUGCGGUCAGAUGGGACUCACCGUUCCUGCUAGGCUACUUCAUGAUCAUGUUGCAUCGUUAGAUAUCGACGCUUUCCGGUCUCUCGUAAAGGCUGCACAGACCCGACCAGAGGUUCUUUCUCUUCAUGCAUCACUCACUAGUAGUGGAAAGCUGGAUCGAAACGCUGUCGAUAGAUUCCUCGCGGAUAUACAACACGUCAAGGGCGAUGAACUGUUUGACAAGUAUGCACAUGGUGAAGAAUGGACGGUCGAGUCGUUGGCUGAAUUUUUGCCUUCUGCCGAUAACAACCCUCGUCUGGAGGAUGACAUGACGUUUCCUCUGCAGCACUACUUCAUUUCCAGCUCGCACAAUACCUACCUCGUGGGAGAGCAAUGGCGAGGAGAAAGUACCGUCGAGGGUUACAUUCGAGUCUUGCUAGGGGGCUGCCGGUGUGUCGAAAUUGAUUGUCAUGAUGGAGACAACGAACCUGUUGCGCAUCACCGAGUCACUCUCACAUCAAGUGUACCCGUACGCGACAUCUGUCAAGCUAUCAGUAAAUACGCCUUUGUCAUCUCGCCAUAUCCGGUCAUCAUCUCUGCCGAAGUUCACUGCUCUUUUGAGCAGCAGGGCAAGUUGGCUAUGAUUCUUCGUGAAGAAUUCGGCGAUAAUCUGAUCACAAGCCCGAUCGAUGAUCGCGAAGGACUGCCUAGUCCGGAAGAGCUCAAGUAUCGGAUUUUGUUCAAGACCAAAGCUCGCAAGUUGGAUUCGACACCCACCAGUGCGACUUUUUCGUCUUCUUCACUCUCUCCUUCGCCACUAGCAGCUAUCCCCGCCUCCGACUCCACCACCGAAUCUGAUUCUGGGUUGGCCCGUCUCAAACGACGUUUGUCCAAUACUUCCACACCCGAUCGACCUGCCUUUUCUCCUUCUCUAGCAGAAUUACUAGUUUACACCGCCGGUAUCAAAUACCAGGGUUUCUCCAAACUUGUGACUUACGAACCUCGACAUCAAUUUUCCGUUUCUGAUAAAACUGGAGGUAGAAUACUUCGUGAAGCCAAAAACGAUUGGAUCAAACAUAAUUACACUCAUAUAUCCCGUGUAUAUCCGAAAGCACUACGUAUAACCAGUAGCAAUUACGAUCCGAUCCCCUUUUGGUCAGCAGGAUGUCAAUUGGUAGCUAUCAACUGGCAAACUGUAGAUCAUGGUGCUAUCCUAAAUCACGCCAUGUUUUCCGAUACUCCUGGUUAUGUGUUGAAACCCAUUUCACUCCGACAAAAGAUACAUGAGAUACAACAGAUUUAUCAUGUCCGAAUUCAAAUAAUAUCCGCACAAAGACUCCCGGCUCAGGAUCUUUAUGUCGAAGCGACAUUAGGAAACGAUACUCGCAAGACGAGUAAAAUGGACGGGAUGUCGUUAAACACCACAUGGAACGAAACUCUUUCUUUCGAAUUCAUUUCCACUCCUUCAAUAUUACAUUUGACAUUUUUAUUAUUGGAAAUCAAGAAUAAAUCUUUGAUAGCCAGAUGGACGAAACCUUUGUCAAAAACACCUAGGGGUUAUCAUUAUUUAUCUUUGUAUGAUAAUUUAUUUAGCAAGUAUAUAUUUGCUACGUUGUUCGUUAGGAUUGACAUGUCUACUACUCCGGUUGAAACGAAUCGUUCGCAUCGUGGGGAUCAUCAUACACAUAGUUCUAUCCCUCAUCAUUUGACUCAUCAGUUGUAUUCGUUAUCGUUGUAAUGCUGUUGUGUUAUCCGUCUCUCGAAGCUUUUGUCACUGUUAUGCACGGUGUCAUUUGUGACCUUAGAUAAGAUUGUCAUGGUAGAUGUGAAAAGAUGCAUCAUUUUUACGAAAUCAU